UAAACGAACCUUGCGCUUGUUUGGUCACUUUCAGUGCAGACAUCAAACCAGAACAGGGCGUAAAAAUGAAUAGCAGAGGAACUGCGCUGAGUUUGGUUCCAUCUUCUGGAGACAUUUUUCUCAGACGAACGAGAGAGACUUUUACAGUAAACAGCUAAAUGUUUAUGAUGCAGUAUUAUAUAUUAUGCGCGCAGUAUUACCACAGGGUCAGUCCUAUGUUUCAACUGCAUUGCAUAUGGCAAGACAGGAGAUAUAAACUACACCAAAGCACGCUCUAAUACGAAAUCCCCCACGAUAAUAACCACUCACUAAAACGUGACUACAAGAUCUAUUAAUCAAGUCUAUUAACGCUGAUACUGAAAAACGUUGUGUGUCUAUAUUAUACAAAAUACGGUCAUUUCUAUUAGCUCCAUUCAAAAACUUGCAUUUUUGCACCUUUUUUUAGAAUUUAUUUACCAUCCAAAAUGUUUAAGAUCCCGCCUGAAGUCUCUAAUAAACGUUGUGUACUAUACUUUUGAGAGUAUUGCUGAAUAUCUCCUCCUUUCCUCCUCGACUUUGCGAGUUAAGGGUUAAGGCAGCCAGCGCCUUACGCACAGGUGUCUCGCCAGUCCUCUAUGAAACAGCGCCUGCAAACUGUUGGCGAACUUUUUUUUUUUUCUUUAAUUAAGUUGAUAAUAACUGUAACUCAGCAGGGAUUUGCUGUCCGACUAGACAGGCCACUGUAAUUCAUGUAGUUAGAUCUUAAGUGGGUUUGCUCACCGCAGCCCUAAUCUCUUGCUGCUAUUAAACGUGGAGCGACUAACCUGGAGAGCUCUACACAUCGAGACGGGUCCCGCACGCUCCUCUUGUCGCUCUCCAUACGCCGCGUCUGAUUCCAGUGCUUAGUCAAAUAAAUACGCGCCAGCUUGAAAAGAUUUUUUUUUUUUCAGACCUUAAAGUCGUGCUAAAGUUUGUUGGAUUUUCAAGAUUUUAUUUUCGCGGUGGAUAUGUGGUGGAUGCUGUUCCCCCGAUGGAUUUGGUUUCUUCUGGGACACUGUUACACUACACUUCUUUAUAUGGACAGCUGUCGUGUGAGAGCUAUGCCCAUGUCUGUGGCAAAGGUGGUGUACUCUCACGCAGGUCUGUGCCCCAACGACCUGAACCCCAACCUGUGGGUGGAUGCUAUGAGCACCUGCAUGCGCGAGUGUGAAUCUGACCAGGACUGUGAGUCUUUUGAGAAAUGCUGCCCUAAUGUCUGUGGUAACAAGAGCUGUGUGGCUGCACGCUACAUAGACAUCAAGGGCAACAAGGGCCCCAUUGGAAUGCCAAAGGGAGCCACCUGCGACAAGUUCAUGUGCUCUCAACAAGGGUCCGAGUGCGACAUCUGGGAUGGCCAGCCUGUUUGUAAGUGCCGGGACCGCUGUGAGAGAGAACCCCAUUUCACCUGUGCAUCUGACGGCAUGACCUAUUAUAACAAGUGCUACAUGGAUGCAGAAGCCUGUUCCAAGGGUAUCUCUAUCUCUGAGGUCACCUGCAGGUACCACCUGACCUGGCCAAACACCAGUCCAAUCCCAGCAGAGACCACCUUACAUCCCACCACUGCGUUGCAGACCACCCUCCCGGCUGACAUCCAGCUCCCCAUCAUACACAGUGGCCCCACCCAACAGGCCGUUUUUGUGGGUGAGACAGCCAGCUUCCUGUGUGAGGUGUCUGGGAAGCCACGUCCUGAAAUCACCUGGGAGAAACAACUGAAGGGCAAAGAGAAUACCAUAAUGAGACCUAAUCAUGUCAGAGGGAACAUUGUAGUCACAAACAUUGGCCAGCUGGUCAUAUACAAUGCGCAACUUCAAGAUGCCGGCAUCUAUACAUGCACAGCCAAAAAUGUUGGCGGAAGUGUAUCGUCACAUUUCCCCUUGGUAGUCAUCAAAAGAGAAGCGAAAGGUAAGAACGCAGAGGGGAACAGUAGCAGCCUGCCAUUUCCAGCUGAAGAGUGCCUUAAGAGUCCAGACACAGAUGACUGUGGAGAAGAGAGCAUGAGCUGGUACUAUGAACCAAAGAGGAACAAUUGCUUCACCUUCACCUACAGUCAGUGCAAUAAAAACCGUAACCAUUUUGACACCUAUGAAGCCUGCAUGCUGUCAUGUGGAGGAGAGCUGGCAGCUCCCUGCAGCCUCCCGAGCCUCCAGGGGCCUUGCAAGGCCUAUGAGCCUCGUUGGGCUUAUAGCAGCAGUCUCAAAAAGUGCCAGUCCUUUGUGUAUGGAGGAUGUGGUGGCAAUGAGAACAACUUUGAGUCUAAAGAGUCCUGUGAAGAGAUGUGUCCCUUUCCGAAGAACCACAACUGCAAGAUGUGUAAACCUCGAGGCAAGAUGGUCACCAGCUUCUGCAGGAGUGACUUUGUGAUCCUGGGUCGUGUGACUGAGCUGACGGAGGAGCAAGAGUCAGGCCAUGCUUUGGUGACAGUGGAGGAGAUCUUGAAGGAUGAGAAGAUGGGUCUGAGGUUCUUUGGCAAAGAGCCCUUGGAGGUGACUCUUAUGAACAUGGACUGGAACUGCCCCUGCCCCAAUAUCACUACAGCCAAUGGGCAGCUCAUCAUCAUGGGGGAUGUUCACAACGGGAUGGCCGUCCUGCAGCCCGACAGCUUUGUAGGCUCCUCCAGUGCUCGUAAAAUCAGGAAGCUUCGUGAAAUCGUCCACAAGAAAACCUGCGAUUUCCUUAAAGAUUUCUCUACCAUCCAGUAGAGUCUUUUGAAGUGUCACGCUCACUAAAAGUCAGCUAUGUUGUUUUCUGAUUAUUCCAAGCUCCAGUGACCUCACCAGUCUGAACGACUGCCAGUAAACACAAAACUAGUAACUCAUCUGUAGCGUUUGAGCUUUUGCUCCUGUUUCAGAUGUUUUUAUUUUCUUUACUUUGUUCCUUAUUGCUCAGUAGGUUUUAGAAAAUCACUCAUCACAGUUUUUAUUGUUGUCGCAGACGAUGUUUUGUCAGUUUCUUCACAUAUGCUGUCCAUGUAGCCCUGUUGUUGUUGUUUUUUUGUUUUGUUGUUUUGAUGGCCACACCUUGGGUAUGUUGUGGGUAAAAAAGGUGGGUAGAAUAGUAUUAGUAACAAGCACUUACCCAGUACAAAGUAUUUAAUCUUUGUAACUGUUUUCUAAAAUUAUAGAUUUCCUCUCAAAAUGUUAUCUUGAAUACACUAAUAUGGUUCAUUUAGCAGUACGUUUUGAUAUGAUUGGUAUGUUUGAUUCAUGUUUUGUGAGUUAUCACAAAAUAGACAUUGUGUAACAUCGGUCCUCAGCACUUGAGCUCACAAUAAUGCAAUUUGAAAGCCUCAGUUUAUGUACCAGAAUCAAAUAAGCUCUUUGGUUCCAUAUUUUGUGGAAUCUGUUUUGAUAAGUUUUAAUUUACAAUACAGAAUAUAUAUAUAUGGACUUAUGUACUUUGUAUUUAUUUUUCUCGAUCUAUUUCUUAUAGGGCUAUGGCCAGUGGAUAUAUAUAUAUAUAUAUAUAAUACAAGCAGAAUGUCUCUCCCUCUUUGUGAAUUUAAUUACAUGGAGAACAGACAUUUUUUAUGUUAUCUAUGACAUAUUAGUGUUCAUUAAAACUUCUAUGGAACAAGGUGGCAAAAUGAAUAAAGUCGCUUUAGAAAACA